GCACGCCUAGACCCAGUCUAUAUAUACCAUUUGCAUUGCAGCGAGUAAGAGAACUGGUGUCGUCCUCUUGCGUCUGAUUCUGCUUCUGCUGCUACCGCCGGCCUUGUUUAACAGGUGCGAGCGGCCCGACCUUAUGGCCUCACCUGCUGCUGCCAGGAGGCUCCUCUGUGCCGCUGCCCCAUUGCGCUUCACUCCGCCAUCAUCACUUUCCAUUGCAGGUUGGCUGCGCAAUUUGUCACAGUCAUCGGCAAGGGGCGUGUUGAGGAUUCCACCAAGCACAUCAUUGUCAAUCAUAUCCAUCUCUUCACGCAACAUGUCCGUGGCCGGCCCGCAAGGCGGGGAGAUGCGUGCCAUCCUAGUCAAGGGCGGCAAAGGGGACCUCAAUGCGCUCUACAUCGGCAGUGCACCGGUUCCGCAGCUGAAAGACCCAAACGAGGUGCUUGUGCGAAUCAAGGCGUUUGGCGUCAACCGCAUGGACAUUCUUCAGCGCAAUGGCCAGUACCCUCUGCCGCCUGGUGCGCCCGAGAUCAUGGGCGUCGAAUUCAGCGGACGCGUCGUGCAGGCUGGCUCCGAAGCCAAGAGUCAGCACAGCGGUAGCGGCUUGUCAGAUGACUUCAAAAAAGGGGACGAGGUGUUUGGACUCGCUCUCGGCGGUGCAUAUGCAGAAUACAUUGUGGUCAAGUCCAACUUGUUACUACACAAGCCUGCCGCUCUCUCACAUGUCCAGGCAGCUGCCAUUCCUGAAAAUUGGCUCACAGCUUUCCAGGCCUUGCGCCCGAUCGCAAACCUGCAGCCCGGAGAAGACGUGCUGGUGCACGCAGGUGCUUCAGGUGUCGGGCUCGCCGCACAACAGCUCGCGCGGGACUUUGGCGCCCGCAACGUUUACGCUACAGCUGGCAGUGAGGAGAAGUGUCGAUUCUGCGAGCAGACGGCCGGGGCCGACAAGGCGUUCAACUACAAAGCCUGCGAUUGGGCCGAGGAGCUCGCCAAGUACACUUGCGCAGGAAAAACAGAAGGCUGUGCCGACGUCAUUAUGGACUUUAUCGGCGCAAGUUAUUGGAAUAGCAACAUCGCUUCGCUCAAGCGUGAUGGACGCCUUGUCAUACAGGGCGCCAUGGGCGGCAUCAAGGUAAAGGACGGCAACAUCGGCCCCAUCAUCUUCAAGCGCUUGCGUAUCGAGGGCAGCACCCUCCGUAGCAGGACAGUGGAAUACCAGGGCGAGCUGGUGCAAAGUUUUCUCAAAGAAGGUGGCCUCGACAAGAUCAUUGCCGGUGUCUCCAAAGAGUCAGGAGUGGGCGGCAACGACAAGUUGCGGCCGCACAGCCUGGUCAUUCACAAGGUCUACGCGUGGGAGGAUAUUCAAGAGGCGCACCGCGAAAUGGAGGCGAACAAGAACGUCGGUAAAAUUGUUGUAACGAUUGACGGGUAAAUUUGUCCCAUGCAAUUACAGGUGGUUGCAAACUGCUCGCGAAUCACUCUACUAGCUGCGAAAUGGAGAGCCCUUGUCGGCUGAGAUGCGCUUACGAAGCCUCCCGGCUAUGCUCGCAGUGGUGAGCGGACAUUGCACAGCCCGAGGCCAAAGACUUCCGCAAUGGUGCUAAAGUGAAUCGCAAAAGCAGAGGAUCUGGCCUAAGUCAGUAGUCACUGUGGCUGCGUGCAAUGUACCACAAUAUGCCAUGUCCGCUGAAGGAGAAUCUAUAAGAAAGGCACAAAGCUGUAAAAGACUGUUCCAGGUUGCAAGGGCGGGGGAAAAUGAACUACAG